AUGUCCUUUAGGACAGGAGCGGUUCCCCGGUGCGUCCCCUUUCCGCCCUCCAGCUUGCGUGAGCGGUGUGCCGUGGCCUGUGAGUACAUGCGGAUGAUGCGGGAGGUUGAGGGCCAGCGGCACAGGCAGGCCGGCAGCAUCACCCAGGAGGGCGUCAGGCUGGAGAGGGAGAGGGGCCACCUGGAGAGGAUGCUGCGCAGCCUCAGGACUGACCUGACCGUGUAUGGGAUGAGUUUGGAGGGGAGGAGCAGGAGACUGUCCACUGCCGAGAAGGAGAGAGACGGUGCGGAUUACUUGCUGUUGUGUGAGAGGAGGGAGCCCGAGCUGAAACAAGAGCUGGAGGAAGCCCUGAGGAACACGCUGACCCAGCUACAGGUUCCAGAGUACAGCGGCGAUAUACUGUCCAGAGAGAAACUCAUCAGGCCUCUGGUGCAGGUUUACCAGAGACAACCGGGGACGCAGUUACCUGAGGCUGCACGUCUCAUACAGGGCAGUGUGGCGCUGAGGCAGUGUCUCGUGUCCUCAGAGGGCGAGAUGGCCAGGCUGCGGCGCGCCUGUCUGCAGCUGCUGGACGACCUGCAUGACAAGAGAGCAGUGGCCCAGGUGGACGCAGGCGUGAUCCGCAUGCGGCGUCGGCUGGUCGACAGGCGAGCCGUGCCCUCGUUCCUCCAGCAGGGGGCGUCCGAAACAACGAGGAGAAGACAGAAGUUAAAGAGCCGAAGAAUCGAGCUGCGAAGACAUUUUUCUCCCCGUGAGACAGAAACAGUCAGUGAUGUUGAAGCUGGUUUGUCCUCUGCUGCUCUUUUGUUCACUACCAGCUGUGGUUCCCCUUUUCUGCUACACCUGCGUGUUUCCUACUGUCUCGCCUCUGGACUGCAUCAGAUUUCCCCUCAAGUGUCCGUCCGGGCAGCUCUGUCUGUCCAGCAGAGCCGUGGGCGAGAAUGGACACGUCCGUGUGGUGUUGUAUGAGAAGAGCUGCAUCCUGCCCUCUCUGUGCGGAGUCACAGGUGAAAAAUACACCAUGGGACUCAACUUCACCUUCACCAAUGAAUGCUGCAACACACACCUGUGCAACAGAGCUGCUAUACCUGCUGCAGCCCCCCACCGGACU